GGAGAGGGGUCCCAGAGAUUUAGUUUGCAUAAUAAGGGGGAGGAGCCUUCAGAGACAUUCUGGGGCCGGUAAACUUGGGUGGAAGGUUGGGAAGGUGACCCUGAAAGGUUGGAGGGUUAUAAUCGGGGUACCCAUGUGGGGUGAGGAGAUGAUUCUGCAAGGGUACGAGUAAUGCACCUCAAAUGCCCAAAGGAGGAUUUAGGGAUAGAAGUGGAUGUUCCAGGUGACUUUGGAACCUCCUCCACGUUCCCUCACUCAGGAUUGGAGAGUAACUGCAGAUAUUCAUCCAUUCAGCAUUUACUUAGCUCUUUCUUGGGCCAUGUAAAGAGGGGUGCCCAAGACAAACAAGGGCUGUGUUCUCUUGGAGUUAGUAGUUUCGUGAAGGGAGAGAGACAGUAAAUGGGAUUUACUGCAAUAUGUUCUAGAAAGGAAAUAAAGUAAGCCGAUAGGGUGGGGGUGGGGUAGCUAAAUUUAGAUGAGCGACGUCAGCUGGGCGCUGGCUUUAUUUAUUCUGAGGUCAGAGAAAGAAGCAGGAGCGAGAUCAUGGUGGAUAUUACAGCGAUGAUUUGGGGUUUUAAGUGCAGCUGGAGCCACUGGAGGGUUUUGAGUGGGAACAAUGACUUGAUCUGGUUUACAUUUUCAAAAGAUAAUUUAGGAUACUCGAGAUGGAUUAUAAGGAGGUCCUGGUGCCUGAUGAUGGCCGCCCUGCCACACCCCCCAGUGACCUCAUCGAGAUUCAGGUGGUGAAGGUGACCGACACCACCCUGGUACCCGAGCCCCCGGAGCCAGGUUCUUUUCACUGUGCCUUGUGCCCAGCUGCCUUCCGGCUGGUUUCCGAGCUACUGUUCCAUGAACAUGGCCACCUGGCAGGGGCUGAGGGAGGCGGACAGGCUGGGGACCCAAGCCGGUGUCAUGUGUGCGGCCACAGCUGCCCGGGUCCCGCCAGCCUCCGUGCCCACUACAGCUUGCACACGGGAGAGCGGCCCUACCGCUGCCCGCGCUGCCCCCGCGCCUUCAAGGCCUUGGCACCUCUGCUCCGGCACCAGCACCGACACGGGGUGGAGCCGGGGACCUCUCGGAGGCCUCCGGAAGCAGCAGCAGUUGGAGAACAGAGGCCGGGGGUGCCCCAGGAGAGGUCGGAGGUGGUGAUGGCGGCGGCGGCUGCAGGUGCGGCAGUGGGGAAGCCUUUCGCCUGCAGGUUCUGCGCCAAGCCCUUCCGCCGCUCCUCAGACAUGCGAGACCACGAGCGCGUGCACACGGGUGAGCGGCCCUACCACUGUGGCAUCUGCGGCAAGGGCUUCACCCAGUCCUCGGUGCUGAGCGGCCACGCCCGCAUCCACACGGGCGAGCGCCCCUUCCGCUGCAGCCUCUGCGAUCGCACUUUUAACAACUCCUCCAACUUCCGCAAGCACCAGCGCACCCAUUUCCACGGGCCGGGGCCUGGGUUGGGAGACUCUGGAGGCCAGCUGGGGUCCUUGGUGGCUGAGGGGUCUGGGAGUGGGUGUGGGGCAGGGAACCCUCUGGAAGAGGGGGGCGGGGAGACAGGGAAGGUGAAGGUGGAGGUUGACCAGUAGGCUGGGAGAGCCAGCUGUGAGGCAGUUAACGUCGCCUGUAGGUAGACUGCAAGGGGGUGGGGAUGGGAAAAAGGCAGGGGACAGAAGAGGGGAGAUUGGGGGAGAGAAGACAUGACAGAUAAUGGGAAUAGCCAUGAGCAGCUACCGUUGAAGAGCAGAGGGAGAGAACCAGGUUCCAGACUCCCACAGACCCACACAGCGCCUCCGGGAGACUCAGAGAAAGGGACAGGUACUGCCUUGUGGGUGCACAGCUAAAUGCAAAGACCAUGGGCUGGAUUUCUCUGCCCCAUUUGCCUUGUUGGGUUAUCCUUGUGUAAGACACAGGCUGUUACAACAGAGCCUGGGCACUGCAGAGGGGGAGCCAGGGCUCAGUGGAAGGAGGAGCAUCUGGGUCCACCAUAGUGGUCCUGGUCAGUCCUUCUUCUAAAGAAUGCUGGGCUUUCUUAGGGGCUCCCUAGAGUGGACUAGGAUGGAACCUUUUGCCUACCUCACUGGAUUGCACUGCACCUGGGACACCUACCCACCCUCAGGCAGAAGACACCCACCAGGUCAUCUGUAAAAUGACUCUGGGAUCCCAUCACCUCAAAGCCAGAAGAUCCCCAAGCCACAGCUGAGAGCACUUGAGCCUCAAGGCUGUAAGCCUGACCAUAGCGUCUUGACUCCAAGAGUAGCUACCCUCGCCCCCAUGGUGGUCCCUCCAUAACCCAUCCAGACUCUUCUUUGGAGGCAACUGAGAACACAGCAAGCAGCUACCUAAUAUCCCCCUCCCAAUGCUGUAGGCUCAGAGCCUGUGGUCCUGCACUUCUACAAAGUAGCCUCGGAUUUCUCUAAUUCUCCACUCCCAGUUUGAAGCAAACAGCUUGCUGCCUAGUCACAGGCAAUCCCAAGGAAAGGCUUGCUGAUGGUGACAUGGUGGACCGGCCAGGGGUGAGAGGAGGACUUGGGAGCUGGAGGUGGAAAAACUCCAGUUCUGUUCCUAUUAAAGGACCUUCUGAAGGGUUUAUGUCA